AAUAAUUUAAACGGUCAUGCUCAUUAUUAUGUCACCUUUGAAUAGCCUCUCCCUCCUCCCACUUUUUUCCUCUCUUUCUUCUGUUCCUUGGCUUCAAAGUCUUCCUUUCUUGAUCAAUCAUCUCAUCAGUUUCACAUUCAAAACUUACCCUUCUCACUUCUUCAUCAAUGGCUGAUUCGCAGCACUUGUACGGCAAGACCCGCUUUUCACAGAACCUUACUAGACAGCCCGUUGGUGUUGGCCAAGUCAAGUCCUUUACUCACUUAUUCAGUAAGUUUCUUUUCUUUGCUCUCUUUCUUGUUGCUAUUCCAUUAUUCCCUUCUCAAGCUCCUGACUUUAUCAACCAAACUGUACUCACCAAGUUUUGGGACCUUUUUCACCUUCUCUUUAUUGGCCUUGCUGUGUCCUAUGGCUUGUUUUGUCGCCGGAAUGUUGCUAUGGACACUGAAACUCAUUCUAGCUAUGAUGAUCCGCAGUCAUUUGUGUCUAAUGUUCUUCAAGUUUCAUCUAUUUUUGGAGAUGACUCUGAUAAUACAUUUGGGUAUUCUGAGAACUACAAAGGGAAUUUUGCUGUGAAUAGUGAACAAACCAAUACCGGAUCUUUAAAUACUGCGAAUAAUGUUACUCAAGCAUGGAGUUCUCAAUACUUUAGGGGUGAAUCCAUGGUUGUAAUAGAUCAACCGAGUCAGGCUUUUAAUGAACAUGCUUAUAAACCGUUGGGUUUACCAGUUAGGAGUCUCAGAUCAAGAUUAAGUAACCAAGGUAGUCCUGAGAUUUGCAAUAGAAGUGAAUCUAGUCCAGCCUCGACGGAUUCAUCACAUAAUCUUUCUUCUAGUCAUGUGGUUAGGAAUGAAAACUUUGGUCACUUGGGUCCUUUGAACUUGGAGAAUAAGUUCAAUGAAGCUGCUGGUUUAUCUUCAUCAAUUCCAUGGCGUUCCAGAUCUGGGAGAAUGGAAACCAGAAAAGAUGCAGAUAUUGCUACUCAUGCUUCACACUUUAGGCCUCUCUCUGUUGAUGAAGCUCAGUUCGAAUCCCUGAAAUCACAGUCCUUUUGGUACAGUGAUUCUUACUCUUCCCAACCCUGUUCAAUGUCCAAUUCGCCUAGCAGGCUCUCUUCCUCAGGCACUCUUUCUUCAGAGUUGGAAAAGUUGAAAAUGGAUGAGACAUUGAAAGAGAAGAGUUUCCGAAACUCUUAUCCUCCAACUUCUAUCCCUGCGAAUGGUAAGACUUCAUUGAAUGCAUUACGUAUUCGGAGAUAUACUGACGGUUCUUUGUUUGAGAAGAAUGCAGGAAAAAGCUUCGAAGAUAAUUUGAAGGAUAGAAAUGGAGGCGAAAGAGAGUAUCCAUUAGGCCUUAAAGAUGAUUUGAAGGACAUGAGUGGAAGCAAAAUAAAUGAUUCAUUAGGCCUUAAAGAUGAUCUCAAGGAUAGGAGUGGAAGCAAAAGAGAGGAUCCAUUAGGCCUCCUUAAAGAUGAUUUUAAAGAUAAGAAUGGAAGCAAAAGAGAGUAUCCAUUAGGUCGUAAUGAGUGGAGAUCAAGUUUGAAAUUGGACGAAAAUCCUCGAAACCCUGUUAAAGCUUCAUCAAGAGGAAAAUCUGUUAGGACUAUCAGGACUCAUCGAUUUACAGAAAAGGCGACAAGUGUUGCAGGAAAUGUCGAAAAGGAUGGAGUUCUUAAGGGAAAAAAUGAGAUGAAAAGUGAAGGUUUUCAUAAUCAAUCCACCAGUGCUAGAAAGCAGGAUCUUGAUAAUCACUAUCCCAUGCAAAAACCAACAUUCUCAGAGUUUGCAGUGGAGUCUAAAGAAGAAUCAGCUAGUGAGGUUGAAAAUUCUCAAUUGAACUCAAAUCAAGAGGCUGUGACCAAGUGUGUAAAUGAUGCUGCUGACUCUGACUCCAAUGAGGUUGAUAAGAAGGCUGGUGAGUUUAUAGCUAGAUUUAGAGAGCAGAUUAGGCUUCAGAAAAUGGCAUCAAUAGACAGAUCCAAAGGGCUUAACUAUUUUACGUGACUAUAGCUUAUGCUUCUGCAUAAAUUUCUAACAAAGUGGAUAGAUUUUUAUUAUCAUGUCUAUGGAAUUUGAUCCUCCAGGAUUCCAUUUAUUUAUUUAUUUUUAUUUCCUUAUGUGAUUAGUUUUGUACACAUCUGCACUAUCUGGUGGAAGUUUGUAUUCUCUGCAUCCACCAUGGCCAUAGGAGAACUGAAAAUACUUUUCUCAAUUCUCCUAUAAAUCAGAUGAUGAUGAUGCUUUGUUCUACUUCUUUUUCAAAUAUUUUUCAUCAUUGAUCAGCUCAAGGCAUGGUUUAUUCUA